AAAAGAUACUUUAUUGCACAAUUGAAAAAAUAUAUACGAGGGACAGAUGGAGGCAUACAGUUGCAAGGAUGUCAAAAUUGCAGAGCGAGAGAGCGGGUGAUGUCUUCCGGCGUCCGGGAGAGAGAGAGAGAGAGAGGGCGUUUUGGAGCACUGUAAGGGCGCGAAUGGCCUUGACAUGGUCGUUCUCAGAAAGGUUCGAGGCUCUUCCGCGGAGGCAUAUUUGUAUGGGGGUCAAGUUACAUCAUGGAAAAAUGAAUAUGGGGAGGAUUUGCUUUUCGUUAGUAGCAAGCUCUAAGAUAAUGAAGACAAAUUGAAAAGGUUAGAGGGAAUGUGGAAAAUGGGAAUGAUUUUGGAAAGACAUGAAGUAUGGGGAAGUUUUACAUAGUCUUGCAGCAGUAGGAAGAUGAGUUUUGUGUGGAAGCUUGCAUAGUAAUCCUGUUGCAGCCAUAUCAUGGUACUCCGGGCUUAUUGUGAGUAGAAAACAGAGAGACCUCAUUGUAGCUUCGAGAGGACAUAUAACUAAAAGAACCAAACUCAGAUGAUGGAAAUUAGGAGAAUGGAUGUUGAGAAUAUGCUACUUAUAAGUCUCCUAAGGCUAUCCGUGGUGGAAUCCCAAUAUGUUUUCCUCAAAUAUGAAUUUCGCCUUAGGGUAACUUUGGGACCUGGAGGGGAUUUGAUGUUGACAUCUCGCAUCCGAAAUACAAACACUGAUGGAAAGUCAUUUACAUUCACAUUUGCCUAUCACACCUAUCUGGCUGUAACUGAUAUCAGUGAAGUGCGGGUAGAAGGACUGGAGACACUGGAUUAUCUGGAUAACCUGAAGAGUAAAGAGCGAUUUACUGAGCAAGGGGAUGCAAUAACAUUUGAGUCUGAGGUGGACAAAGUUUAUCUCAGCACGCCUACAAAUAUUGCUAUUCUGGACCAUGAAAGGAAGAGAACAUUUGUGUUAAGGAAGGACAGGCUUCCAGAUGCUGUUGUCUGGAAUCCGUGGGAUAAGAAAGCAAAGGCAAUUACUGAUUUUGGGGAUGAUGAGUACAAGAAUAUGCUGUGUGUCCAGGCUGCUUGUGUGGAAAAGCCUGUUGUAGAAUGGAAAGGAAGGCCGGAACUGUCUGCCGUCCCUUCCAGUUACUGCCGCGGACAACUUGACCCACGGAAGGUACUGCUAGGCGGUUAAGUGAUGAGCCAUUUUGAUGCAUCUCUUGUACAGGUAAAUACUGAAAUACAGUAUGCAUUUGGUACUUCCAUUAUCAGUUUGAGGAUCAUCGUCCUAAUAGAUAGGACUGCACAUGCAUGGCGAGCGUGUGUUUGAGGUUUGGCAGGCAAUUUUGGUUGGAUGGCAGACUUAUUUCAAAGCCAAAUUUGUUAUAACGAGUUUCAUUGGAUAUUUGAUUGAUGCAAGAAGACGAAGAAGGAAGAAGGCGAGUUAAAGACAAGUUAAUAUUUUGAACAUCUGUAGGGACUCGCAACAAAAGAAACAAAGAGAAGAAAACAGAAGGCCUAUUUGCUCCCCCUUCCUUUUCUGGCCCUUUACAAUACUCCUUUUAAUCGAACUUUAAACCGAGAUGAUUGUGUUCUUUUCUGUCAAUGUGUAUUUUGUACUUGUUAAACGAUGUUUCUUGCAAUGCUCUUAUAUUUGGAAGAGUAAUAUUACCAAACACCUGAUGGAUGGGUUCUUUUGCAA